AUGGCUAAUUACGGACCAGCGUAUGGAACAUUAGCGAGUAACCUAGCAAAGAUGGCGAUAAAACGCGAUCCAGAACUCGAGAAAGAAGCACAAGCAUGGAUUGAAGAAGUCAUUGGGGAGAAAUUUCCGAAAGGAACUUAUGAAGAUGCACUUACAGAUGGUAUCAUACUGUGCAAAUUAAUGAAUAAGCUCGAGCCAAACUGUAUUCCUAAAUAUGCGACAAAGGGCACAGGGUUUAUUUUGCGAGAGAAUAUAUCAUUAUUUCAGAAUGCUGCUCGUGCCUACGGUUUAUUGGAUGUUGAUUUGUUUCAAACAGUUGAUCUUUACGAAAAGCGUAAUAUUGCUCAAGUGACACAUUGCAUAUUUCAACUUGCUCGACAAGCGGAAGUCAAACAGUUCCAUGGUCCGAUCCUACAUCGAAAAACGCCCGAACCGCGUCCAUUGGAAAUCAGCGAACGGCAAUUGUUUGCUCGUAAAAGUCUCACAGGUCUUCUCGACGAUGGACUCAAUAUGUUUGCCAAUGCAGCUCGUAAUAAUAGUUAA